AUGGUUUUUGGAGAGUACCUCACCUUCAUAAGACAGAAAACCAGAGCACUUCUUAUAUUAGUUUUCUUGCAUAGCUUCAUGAUCAAUAGAAUAUAUCUUAGUUCUAAUCACCCUUUUGCCACCCCUCAAACCAUUGAAUCUAUUGCGCAUUCGUCCCUGGCCGAGAUGAGGUUUGAGGGGCGCAUAUCUUUUGAGAACCUAGAGUUUGCAGCAAGGGAUUUCGGAAACAGAUACCAUCUCAUGCCAUCUGCGGUCUUGCACCCGAAAUCAGUUUCUGACAUUUCGUCCAUCCUGAGAUAUGUCUACGACUUGGGCCUGAGUUCAGAGCUCAAGGUUGCUGCACGGGGCCACGGCCACUCGCUGGAAGGCCAGGCGCAGGCAUAUCGGGGAGUUGUGAUCAGCAUGGAGUCCCUGCGUGACCCGGAGAUGAGCUUCCAUGGCGGAAAACACCCCUAUGUCGACGUUUCUGCUGGGGAGCUGUGGAUAAAUAUCCUGCAUGAGAGCCUCAAACGAGGUCUGCCGCCAAGAUCAUGGACAGACUAUCUCCAUCUCACCGUUGGUGGCACCUUGUCAAAUGCCGGAAUAAGUGGCCAGGCUCUCCGACACGGGCCACAGAUUAACAAUGUCUACCAACUCCAAGUUGUCACAGGUUAUAUCACCAUCACAUGUAGCAAAAUGCAUACGAAAAUUUUGAGAAGACCAUCUAAUAACCUGAAUUUACUUUGUGCAGGUAGAGGAGAAGUAGUGACAUGUUCGGACAAGCAAAACACUGAUCUCUUCCACGCCGUGCUAGGCGGUCUAGGACAGUUCGGCAUUAUUACCCAAGCAAGAAUCGCCUUAGAGCCUGCACCGAAAAUGGUUAAAUGGAUCAGAGCACUAUAUUCAGAUUUCUCAACAUUCGCACGUGACCAGGAGCAUCUGAUAUCUUCGAAUAAUUCCUUUGACUACGUAGAAGGAUUCAUCAUCAUAAAUAGAACUGGCUUGUUAAACAACUGGAGAUCAUCUUUCAGUCCCAAGGAUCCAAUUCGAGCAGACCAGUUCAACUCCGAUGGGAAGCUUCUGUUCUGCCUGGAAAUAGCCAAGUACUACAACCCUCGAGAGUCGGACAACAUAGAUCAGGACAUCGACACUCUCUUGUCAGAACUGAGCUACAUACGAUCCACUCUCUUUAUGUCGGAGGUUUCCUAUGUCAAUAUCCUUGACAGAGUACACGUGUCUGAAGUAAAACUCCGGGAGGAAGGCCUCUGGGAGGUGCCACACCCAUGGCUGAACCUUCUUGUUCCUCGAAGCCGAAUUCAUGAGUUCGUCGCAGAAGUUUUUGGUAACAUAGUAAAAGACAUGAGCAGUGGCCCCGUCCUCAUCUACCCCGUCAACAAAACAAGGUGGAGAUCUGGAACGUCCUUGAUCACACCCGAUGAUGACGUUUUCUACAUGAUCGCUUUCCUAUCAUCAGCAAUGCCAUCAUCGACAGGAAAGGACGGCCUAAAGCAUAUUUUAUCACAAAACAAGAAAAUACUGAGUUUCAGCCAGAGACCUUACCUUGGGAUCAAACAGUACCUGCCCCAUUACAGCACUGAAGAGGAGUGGGAAGCUCAUUUUGGUCCUCACUGGGAAGUUUUCUACAGGAGAAAAUUGAGCUACGACCCUCUGGCAAUCUUAGCUCCAGGACAGAGGAUAUUCCGAAGAGGAAUAGCUUAUGUGCAACAGUGAUCAAAGAGUCGGCCAUCACCUGACGUCAAGAGCCAAGAACAAUAGUAGAUAGAUAGAAUGUGCAUACUUCUUUGAAUUUUUGGACUACCUGCAUUAGAUGUUCUAAAAUUGUAUCAUGGAAGUAUGGAGAAUGUGAGAUUUUAUAAC